AUGGCUGGUAAAGGUAGAGGUAGAGGAGCUAGAGGCUCAAAUGACCUCAUGGAACACAUGGCUCAAAUUCUGGAAGCCAUGGUGCACAAUCAAGGCAGAGAGCCGGCUGAGUAUCGAGGGUUAUCUACCUUCACUAGGCAUGAUCCUCCAAAGUUUGAGGGUGGAUUUGACCCCGAAGGAGCUCAACGGUGGGUGGCUGAUGUGGAGAAGAUCUUCAAUGCAAUGAGAUGCCGUGAGGAGAACAAGGUUACCUACAUCACCUACUUGCUGUGUGGGGAGGCUGAGGACUGGUGGAGGUUUGCUGGUCUGACCCUGCCACAGGAAGAUGGCUAUAUCCAGUGGGAAUCAUUGAAGACCAUCUUCCUAGGGAACUACUUUCCCUGGGACCUAAGGAAACAGAAAGCUAGAGAGUUCCUUGAACUGAAGCAAGGAAGUAUGACUGUAGGGGAAUAUGCAGCUAAGUUCCAGGAGCUGAUGAAGUACUGGCCUCAUUAUCAGCAUGGUGAUGGAGAGGAGGAUAUGUGUGCUCAGUUUGAGCAUGAAUUGGGGCCGGACAUCCGAGCUGCGGUCAGUGUGUUUCAGCUGACAGACUUGCCCACCCUGGUGGGCAAGAGCAGAAUUUUCAAAGCUAACUCAAGAAGGAAGACGGUGGACACUAGGAGAACCAGCCCAAUGAGGUAA